AUGGGUGCUACCAAGACCUCUUGCGCCACCGCGUUGGCCCACCAGAGCCACCACGACAUUGCGACCCAACCGAGCGCACAACAUAAUAUGAAGGGCGAUUGUUAUCGCUACAUGGCAGAAAUUCACGAUGGGGUAACCAGCAGCACCAAGCUGGCGUUGGCGAGCUACGACAAGGCGUGGACCCUCGUAACGGCGGAGCUAGCCCCGACCCACCCCCUCCGGUUGAGUCUGGCGCUGAAAUUCUGGGUGCUUAGGUCAUUCUGA